GAUUCAUACUAAAGCAACCACGUCCCCAUCAGAAAAGAAGGAGGGGGCAAGGAAAGAGGCUGGGAAAGAAGGGAGGGACAAGAGUAGUAAGUAAGUGAGAGAGAGAGAGAGAAGAGGGCUCCAGAUCGCCAAGUAAGCAGAAAAAGAACAAAAAAAAAACAAACCCCAGGAAUUCGAGAGAAGAACCAGACAACCACUUCCACAGAACAAACCCCCCAACUCCAGCCUGCUCCUGCUCCUGAAACCUAAGGGGGAAACGAGGCAGAACAAAGGAGCCCAGAGAGAGAAGAGACAGAGACCCUAGGGGUGUGGGGGGAUUUAAGGGGGGCACAAGACUCAGAGUACCAACAGAGAGAUUCCCAAAAGUUGCCCAGAAUUGGGAGUGAACCAUGUUCUGUGGCCCUAGCCCCGACGGGAGCCUGCUUCUCUCUCUCCUCACUCUCAGCACAGCCCUCAUCUCCCUCUGCUCCGCAGACAGCAACUUUAGCCCUGAAGCUUGGCUCCAGCAAUAUGGCUACCUACCACCUGGAGAUCUGCGUACCCACACCCAGCGCUCUCCCCAGUCCCUCUCCACUGCUAUUGCUGCCAUGCAGAGGUUCUACGGGCUGCGUGUGACAGGCACUGCUGAUGGAGACACCAUGAAGGCCAUGAAGCGCCCCAGAUGUGGUGUUCCAGACAAGUUUGGAGCAGAAAUCAAGGCCAACGUGCGGAGGAAGCGCUAUGCCAUCCAGGGUCUAAAAUGGCAACACAAUGAAAUCACAUUCUGCAUCCAGAAUUACACACCCAAAGUAGGUGAACAUGCCACAUUCGAAGCUAUCCGAAAAGCCUUCAAAGUGUGGGAGGGGGCCACACCUCUACGCUUCCGAGAGGUACCCUAUUCCUACAUACGAGAGGGCCACGAGAAGCAAGCCGACAUCAUGAUCUUCUUUGCCGAGGGCUUUCACGGUGACAGCACACCCUUUGAUGGGGAAGGUGGCUUCUUAGCCCACGCAUACUUUCCUGGCCCUAACAUUGGUGGGGACACUCACUUUGAUUCAGCUGAGCCCUGGACUGUCCAAAAUGAGGAUCUCAAUGGGAAUGACAUUUUCCUGGUAGCUGUACAUGAACUGGGACAUGCACUGGGUCUGGAGCACUCCAAUGACCCUUCUGCCAUCAUGGCCCCCUUCUACCAGUGGAUGGACACAGAGAAUUUUGUACUUCCUGAGGAUGACCGUCGUGGCAUCCAGCAACUCUAUGGGAGUAAGUCUGCACCCCCCACCAAGAAUCCUUCACAGCCCAGGACCACCUCCAGGCCUUCUGUCCCAGGCAAGCCCAAAAACCCCACCUAUGGGCCUAACAUCUGUGAUGGCAACUUUGACACAGUGGCUGUGCUUCGGGGGGAGAUGUUUGUCUUCAAGGAACGGUGGUUCUGGCGAGUUCGGAAUAACCAGGUGAUGGAUGGGUACCCAAUGCCCAUCGGUCAGUUCUGGAGGGGCCUGCCUGCUUCUGUCAACACAGCUUAUGAAAGAAAGGAUGGCAAAUUUGUCUUCUUCAAAGGAGACAAGCACUGGGUAUUUGAUGAGGCCUCCCUGGAACCCGGCUACCCCAAGCACAUUAAAGAGCUGGGACGGGGCCUGCCAACUGACAAGAUCGAUGCAGCACUUUUCUGGAUGCCCAGUGGAAAGACUUACUUCUUCCGAGGAAACAAGUACUACCGAUUCAAUGAGGAGUUCCGUUCAGUGGACAGCGAGUAUCCCAAAGAUAUCAAAGUCUGGGAAGGAAUCCCUGAGUCACCCAGGGGAUCAUUCAUGGGCAGUGAUGAAGCUUUUACCUAUUUCUAUAAGGGAAAUAAAUACUGGAAAUUCAAUAACCAGAAGCUGAAAGUGGAGCCAGGCUACCCCAAAUCAGCUCUUCAGGAUUGGAUGGGCUGCCCCUCUGGGGGCCGACCAGAGGAGACGGAUGAAGAGACUGAAGUGAUCAUCAUCGAGGUGGAUGAGGAGGGCAGUGGGUCAGUGAAUGCAGCUGCUGUAGUGCUCCCCAUUCUCCUGCUCCUCUGUGUCAUUGCUGUUGGCCUAGCUGUCUUCUUCUUAAAACGCCAUGGAACCCCCAAAAAGCUGCUCUACUGCCAGCGUUCCCUGCUGGACAAGGUCUGACCCCCCUCCAACAGGCUGGGGGGCUGGCACCCCUCCCCUGCCCACCCCCACCACACAGACUUUGCCUCUGGGGGCCAGGGGCUACAGGUAUAGGGGGAGGGAUGUUCCCAUAUUUCCCCAUGGUUUCCUUGAUGUCCCACAACCCUCCUUUUGUCCCCUCCAUUCCCUAAUCCCUUUGUUUGUGCCUUUCCCCUCCCUCUGCUCCCCUCACUUCAUUACUACACAGGUCCCUAGGGUACUGAACAUCAGUAGCAUCAUAGAGGCCCCCUGCCUCCCUUUGGGGAGCUUUCCUCCUUGGUGCCACCCUUCCCUGCUGGUCAUCCUGGGGGCUCUUCACUUGAAGGCUAGGACUCUCUGACCUCCCUGGUGAAGGUCAAAGUCUGGGUCAUCUGCUCCUUUUCCUUUCCUAGACAUACCUUGCACCUCUGAACUUUAACCUCAGGAGGCUCCAGCCCCACAGACCCCAGGUCUGCCUAGUUGGCAGCCUCUCAUCAUCUUUUCUGGCUAAAAUGAAUCUCAGUAAGGAAAGAGGAGAAGGCCCUGAGGGAAUCUGUAAGGGUAGAGAUGAUGAAGUCAGGUGAGAAGAGACAUCUUAUUCCCAGGGCUGUCCAUCCCAAACCCCUGGGACUGGAACACAAAGGAAAGCAGGGUGGCCAUUUGGCUUUCAGUAUUGCUAGGUCAAUCCAUCUCCCUCCCUAAGGGAAUCAUCUGUUUCUUUCCCACUCAUCUGUUCACUCCAAGGAAUUUCUUUGCAAGGCAAAAAGCUUGAACUUUUAAGAGAUAAACUUGGGAGGGGAGGAAUUCUCAGCUGCCCCACUUACCGUCUCCCCAGCUCUGUCCUUGCUCAGCCCCCUUCCAAACCUUAACCUUGGGUUUGGGAAACCAAGGUUGGAAGAGCCAUAGGGUAGCUACUGAGGAUAGGGAUGGGACAAAGGAGAGAGGGCAGAGUCAUGGAAACUCAGGGGUGUAGCUAUAUAUAGAAAGAAGAGACUGGGAAAAGGAUCAAUGGCCCAGUAAUGGACAUGGAGAGACUGUUAACAAUGGAAGCAAGAGCCACAUAGUGGAGCUGGGGCUGGGACCCAGGGACGGACGGGGUAGGAGGAAAGGGGAACAGUAGAUUCAGAGAAGAUAAAGUGAAGAAAUCAAACAAAGACCAAACUGGGAAAUGUAGCUGGUGCCAAGGCUGGGGGCUAGCAUUGUCUGACUAGAGAGGAGUUCUCUGAUCAGUGUGGGCAUUGAGGAAGGCUUGAGAAAGGGGCUGGUUUAGGGAGAAGAGAUUCUUUUUUUUUUUUAAUUGGUCCCCACAACUUCACAUGUGAGCAGGACCCAGGGAAAGGUCCUCUAGGAAAGCCAGGGUAAGGGGAAUGAAGAAUAAUAGAGCAAGGACAAUGAGAGAGCUCCUAGAAAUGGUAAUAAUGGCCUGAGCUCAGAUGGAACACAUUAGAUACUGCCCAGUGAAAACCUCUUAGAGGUUUGGUCUUGAUGCUGAGGGCCCAGGCUCUGACCCAAAAUGGGUAGGACAAAUCUUGGCCAUGCUGAGAAGAUCUGAGCAGUCUCAGUCUCCUGAGCAGUCAGGAGGAAGGACUGGGAUCUAGCUCUCAGUCCUGGGUGUUUCUGGGAUGCCAAUAGUGCACCUUCACACCCAUGAUUCCUCUCACCCCUUAACCUUAGUAUUACCCCCUCCUUGUCUUGGACUUCCCCUACCCUUUCCCCACCCAAUUUGUCCAUUUCCAAUCUCCUUCAGCCACCAGAGGGUGGAUAUGGUACUGGGGGACUUGGGAGAGGGAGGAACCCCGUGGGGAAGGGGAAAAGGGAGAGAGGGUGGGGGGGAGAGGGAAAGGGUGGGAGGGCAUCAUGGGGAUGGGGUAAACGGUGCUGGCAGUUCGGCUAAAUUUCUGUUUCUUGUUUGUUUUUUUUUUGUUUUUUAAUGUAUAUUUUUAUUAUAAUUAUUAUAUGAUUCAAUUAAAAUAGUUCCUUUUUGUUAACAAAGGGCUUGGGAAGUGGAGGGGGGUUGGGGGAGGGAAAGAGGGAAUUUUGACCCAGGAACCUGCAGGGCGGGUCUGGGUCAGUCCCCUCUGAGGAGAACAUUUUUUAAAUCCUUCAAUGUUUCCAUAAAAAAAAAUAAAAAUGUUUCACAUUC